UCUAUAAAUGUAGAACAGAAGACAUACGUGUCCUUUGACACUUUUUAAAAUUAUACUUUAAUAAAAAAAUUUUAGCCAUCAUUGAUUAUUUUUCAAUGUUUUCAUUAAAACUUGUCAACUUUUGUUUUUUACUAUUUUCUGUGAUUUUAUAUACAAGAGCAGACCAGAUUUCAAAAAAAAAAGUAGUUAUGUUAGAUGAUUUACUUGAGUAUUUGGGAUGGACAAAUUUAGUCGAAAUACAUUAUAUAAAAUAUUACAAAACAGCAUAUUAUCUUCAAACUCUUAUUGAUACACCUACGUGUGUCUCUAAAGGUAAUAUGAAAAUACGAGCUUUGACUGUAUAUCUUGGAUGCUCAUACGCAAAAAUUAUAGAUAAUAUUUUUUUUGUUAUAAGUAUGGUUACAAAACAGUGUGAAAAAGUAAUUGGCAAAAAGAGACACUUAAUAGAUGGAUUCAUUUGCACAGAAGAACUCAUAAACAUGAUAAUCAGAUCAAUUGCUCCAAUGGCAUCAUUGAUGAAAAGCGCUAUGGACGCUUUGGAUUCAUUACAUACCAGACCAUGGGCUACUUCUGGUAUACCUCAUUAUAUGGUAAAUUCUUUAUUAGGGAAAAUAGGAAAUAUUCUUGACGACUUAAAUAUAGAAACGCUAUCACGUGAUGAUAAAUCUACAUACUAUUCCACAUUGCAAAUUAUAUAUUUAAUUUCACUGAAAACAAUGAACGAUGUAAAAUGUGAAACUAAAAGUUAUUGUGAAUUUGUACUUUUUGAUAACAAGUAUUUAUUGAAUGAAUGGACUAAUGAAUAUAAAGCCUUUAUUGAACAAAAUGAAAAAUUAUUAUUUAUCAAAUUCUUAACCAAAAAAAUUAAACAUUAUACAAAAACAGUAAUUAUAGAAAAGUAUUUUCAGCUCGGAUUUAAAUUUGACCCGAUAACAGAAGAAACAUUUAUACCAGACUUAAAGGAGAAAAAAUUAGAAAUAGAAUUGGAAUUUAAAUUAUUAAAUGAAGAGCCUUUAAUUUCAAUAUAAAUAGAAACUCGUUAAAUGUUGUAUUGCAAUUAAUGUUAAUGAUUAAAUUUAUUUUCACUAUUUUAAUCACUAAACAUUAAUAAUGUAAUUUUAAUGUAUUUUAAAAUUUAACAUAGGAAAUUAUUUAAAAAAAUUUUUAAUUAUUAUUGAAAAAUUUAAAUAUAAACGAUUCAUUUAUUUAUUAGUUGUACUCCCAGAAAAGUUUUAUGAAUAUAGUAUUUAUAUUAACAAUUAUUAGAGGUGGAGUGUGGGUUUUCUAACAACAAAUAUAACUUGACUGACUCACCGAGGAAUAAAAAUAUUAAAAACUUUAGAAAUAUUGGUUUAUUUUACGGUCGACCUAAAAAUAUGGCAUUGCGUCAUAUUUUUACAUCAUACAAUGGACUUAUUCUGUUAACUUCUAAAAUAUUAAAUUACAAAAAUUUGUUAACGUUAAAUGAUUAAUUACAAUAAAACGCUUUUAUCGACAUUUUCAAUGCAAAAAAAUAGUAUUUUUUAUUCGAACUAAAAUUUUU